AAUUUAUACCCCUCCCCCUGGCCCACCAGCCCAGCUCACUGCUGCCGGCUUGACCUCGCUCCCAGCACUGCUGCACAGAAUCUAGGCUCAAAGCUCGAGAUCUCAAGAUGGGAGAUGAGGAGAAGCGCAACAGGGCCAUCACGGCCCGGAGACAGCACCUAAAGAGUGUGAUGCUCCAGAUCGCGGCCACAGAGCUGGAGAAAGAGGAAAGCCGCCGCGAAUCCGAGAAGCAGAACUACCUGUCAGAACACUGCCCGCCUCUGCACAUCCCAGGCUCCAUGUCUGAAGUGCAGGAACUCUGCAAACAACUGCAUGCGAAGAUCGAUGCGGCUGAAGAGGAGAAAUAUGACAUGGAGGUGAAGGUGCAGAAGAGCAGCAAGGAGCUGGAAGACAUGAACCAGAAGCUAUUUGACCUGAGGGGCAAGUUCAAGAGGCCCCCACUCCGGAGGGUGCGUAUGUCAGCUGACGCCAUGCUGAAGGCGCUGCUGGGCUCUAAGCACAAGGUGUGCAUGGACCUGAGAGCCAACCUGAAGCAGGUCAAGAAGGAAGACACUGAGAAGGAGCGGGACCUGCGUGACGUGGGUGACUGGAGGAAGAAUAUUGAGGAGAAGUCUGGCAUGGAGGGCCGGAAGAAGAUGUUUGAGUCUGAGUCCUAACUGCCUACUUCCCCAGUCCCACCCUACCAUUGGGGAAGCACCCAACAUCCAGUCUGGAGUACUUGGCCUCACUCCAAUAAAGGAUUCGCAUCCCUUCCA